AUGCAACUAAUCUUAACAACGAUCCGUAAGUUCAAUAUAAUCAUAUUUCUUUUUCAUUCUGAUAUAAAUAUCAAUUUUUUUAACGGUUAUUUCAAAAUUAUGGAAAUAUUUAUUAAUCGUAGAAGCUCAAACGGAUUUGAUGAUUAUAAAGUCGCCGAAAACUGUCAAAAAUAUCCGAGGCUGGCUGAGAACCUUUGCCCGAGUACAUGCGCUUUGUGCUGCAAAACGUUGGACUAUAGUUGCGCUGAUCUUGCGAAUUGCGCGAAUAUCACUCGUGCAAUGUGUCAAACGGCAGGUUUCUACGAUGCUUUGUUAAGAAUGUGUCCGCGAACUUGCGGUCUUUGUCGUCGACCAGGUGCUGAUGGUUGCAGUCAUGCGAGGAUAAAAGAAUUAUGUCAGCGUUCAUGCAAUUCUCUUGAUUGCUUAAGUCAAACUACUGCACCAGCGUUGUCGGUUUGUCGCGAUGAACGAGUUAAUUGCCGCUCGAGACCAGACCUGUGCGUUGGGCCAUACGCAGCGGUAUACGCAAACCAAUGCAAAUUUACUUGUGGUCUUUGUAAUAGAGGGUGA